CUUUCUUGGAUCGCACUGUCUGUAUUUCUCUUGCAACAACCUAACAAAAAACAUCAUGGGCGUGUUCGCUUUCAAAGAUGAAUACAUUUCCACUAUCCCUCCGGCAAGAUUAUUCAAGGCCAUAGCUGUGGACUCUCAUAACCUGUUCCCCAAACUCAUGCCUCAAGCUAUCAAGAGUGUUGACAUUAUCGAAGGCGAUGGAGGGGUUGGAACCAUUAAGCAGAUCAACGUCAUUGAAGGCAGUCGGAUUAUCAGCAUCAAGAGUCGCGUGGAUGAUCUGAACCAAGAGACACUCACUUACAGGUAUACCAUGAUCGAUCUGAAGGAGAAGUUUGAAUCCAUUGUUCAUGAAGUCAAAUUUGAGCCGACGCCGGAAGGUGGGAGCAAGAGCAAGAUUACGGGCACAUGCUCCGCCAAAAGUGAUGUUGAGCUCAAAGAAGAGGACGUUAAGGUGGACAAAGAGAAAAUCUUGGGAACGUUCAAGGCCGUCGAAGCAUACCUCCUCCAAAACCCCAACGUCUAUGCUUGA